AUGCACUGUAACACCAACCUCAUCGACGUCACUCGUAGUGCAUAGCCAAUCAGCUGUUACGAAGGAAGAGGGGGCUUGUUUUUGAAAAGACGCGCUGGUCUUGGGAGAAAAAGUAGCCUUGGCUGUACUAGUUAGCGAGCCACAAUUGCAAAUGUGAAACAUUAUAGUCAAAGGUAAGCUGUGGAUGUAUUAUACUUUGCUCCUGAGCAGAAGUAAUGUUUACGAUGUAUUUUAAACUCGCAGUACUUGCUGUUUUCGCUCAGAGGGGAGCUUAUAUGGCUCUUUGUUGACUGCUAAUGGUUAGUUAGCCAGUGACGAGGCAAUACGGGCGACGACUACACGACACAUUCAAGUCGCCCUGUUCUGAAUGUAACAACAUAUUUGUAUAUGUUCACUGCUUAAAAUGUAAUGUUGUCGAAUGCAAGUAGCUAGCUAUGUUAUUAUUACACAAAGCCUGGUCUCUGCUCCACUCCGUUGGUGGAGUUCAUCAGAAACAUCCUUCACCUUGGAGUUUAGUCAGCUAAAGCCUCUUCCUUGUGAUCUCUCAACUAGAUCAAUACACAGGGAGAAGAGUCAUGGACGUGUGCAGCCAUGUCAAAGUGGUUGUUCGUGUGCGGCCAAUAAACGACAAUGAGAAGUGCGAGAACUUCAGGAAUGUGGUCCAAGUUGUGGACAACCACAUGCUAAUAUUUGACCCCAAGGAACAGCAAAUUACAUCUUUCGGGGGACCAAGAGUUCGAAACAGAGAUGUCAACAAGAGAGCCAAUAAGGACCUGAAAUUUGUCUUUGACAAUGUUUUUGGGGAGGAUUCUUCUCAGGUGGAUAUUUUUGAGAACACCACUAAAAGGAUACUUGAUGGAGUGUUGAAUGGCUUUAACUGUACAGGUAAUAAAAUGGGCCUAAGCCUACUAAUCUAUACAGGAAUACACCAUCUGAUUAGUAGGCCUAUGGCUAUGUGCACAUUGAGACAGACUUCGUGAAAACAGUGUUGCAAACAGCCUGAUUUAAAUUAAUGUCAUAGUAUAGAGGCCCAUUUUAGAAAUGUUAAUUAGUAUGCUGCACUAGCCUACAUCUUUAUACCCCAGUUAAAUUCCAAAACUUUUGGUUUCACAUUUAAACCUACCAAAAUCAGAUGUAUUUUAAUUUGAAGUGGAAGUUUUGAUAUUGUUUAAUUACUAAUCCUUCUCUGAAACGUUGCAGUCUUCGCUUAUGGCGCAACAGGAGCAGGCAAGACACACACCAUGUUGGGCUCAAGCAAUGACCCGGGUGUGAUGUAUCGCACCAUGACGGAGCUCUUCAACCGUAUGGAUCAAGUCAAGGAAGAGAAAAUAUUCGAUGUAGCAUUUUCUUAUCUUGAGGUGACUCUUUGGUUUUGUCUGUCUGAUUUUUUCAGUUAAUAAAUGUACACAGAAAUCAAGGAAAAAUAUUCCUCCACCAUACCUGGGAAUUAAAGAAACAUUUUAUUAAUGAAUCAGAAUUUGAAUGUCUUUAAAUUGUCAUUAGAAAGAAGUCACGUUUUUGUCAUAACUGGUUUGCAGGUCUAUAAUGAGCAGAUCCGGGACCUCUUGGCUAAUGUGGGACCUCUUGCAGUGAGGGAGGACCCCUCGAAAGGAGUGGUUGUCCAAGGCCUUACUCUGCACCAGGUUAGUGAGAAACAGGUUAUUUGUUGUCUGUCAGCUGUGUUUGUUGUUGUUUUUUCCAUAGUUGAAUGAAUUUACAUCUAUUUUUUAUGUAUGUGUACUGAUUUUAUUUGUUUAAAUGGAGCCAUGUGACCUCUUCUGUAGCCUAAGUCUGCUGAGCACAUCCUUGAAGCUUUGGAUUAUGGCAAUCGGAAUAGAACGCAGCACCCCACCGACAUGAAUGCCACCUCGUCACGAUCCCAUGCUGUAUUUCAGGUAGGCUAUUUCAAUGGAGUGGAGUCAUCUACCUUUCCUCAUUUUACCAGACGGCAAGCGGGUUUACCCACUGCAGUCACUGGACAGGUGAAGAUGAAAUUGUUGGUGUUCUUGUCCCCCUAGAUUUACUUGAAGCAACAGGACAGGACGGCCAGCCUUAAUCCAAAUGUCCGUGUGGCCAAAAUGAGCCUGAUUGACCUCGCUGGCUCCGAGCGAGCAAGUGCCACUAACGCAAAGGGAGCACGUCAACGGGAAGGCGCUAACAUCAACCGUUCACUCCUUGCCCUGGGAAAUGUCAUCAACGCUCUGGCUGACCCUAAGGUAUGUGUAAAGCAUCUUGAUGCAUGUUUCUGAUUGAAUAGGACCUUCAAUUAUUCAAAGAAAAUGUUGCCGCGCACAGACUUCAAUAUAAUUCAAAAAGGUGGUUGAUCUUUUGACAAUACCACCCACAGGCAUUUCGGUGUGACUCGUAAGCAAUGUUGAACAGGCCUGUGUGCUGCUACCUCACUACUGAGAAUACACAAACUUAUGUCUAGAUUUAACUCUAAGACAGGGGUGUCAAACUCAUUUUGCUCCGGGGGCCGCAUUCGGUCUUCGAGGUCCAGAGGGACGCACUGAAACGGGGACACAGUCAAGAAACUGUAUGAAUGUAGGACCAUUAUCAUUUCUACACAGUUUCGAUUUGGUUUAAGUCAUUUUAAACUAUUGAGUUCGUUCCCGAACUCAUGCGUGCAUACAUUUUACGUAUGGGUGGUCCCAGGAAUCGAACCCACUACCCUGGUGUUACAAGUGAUUUACAUUUACAUUUUAGUCAUUUAGCAGACGCUCUUAUCCAGAGCGACUUACAGUUAGUGAGUGCAUACAUUUUAAUACUGGCCCCCCGUGGGAAUCGAACCCACAACCCUGGCAUUGCAAACGCCAUGCUCUACCAACUGAGCUACAUCCCCUGAUUUCAUAUGUUUAUCUCACCAAUGAAUGGUAUUAGGGUUAUCCCUUGCUGAAGUUCAUUUUCUCUGUGCCAGUUGAUUCCUGUUGUCACCCUGUGCAUUUUUUAAGAUUCUUUUUUUCUUUGGGAAAUUUAGGGUGGUCUAGUCUAAUUUAUUCUGCCUUCAUUUUGUUUGUAGUGAGCAGCUCCCUGUGACUCAAGGAGUCUUGCUUGGUCUGUUAGCUAGCCAAGUAUUUGGGUAAUAUUUCAUACCAGUUGUCACUGAAUCGUCUCGGUUUACCACUGUCCCUGGUGAGUCCACAAGCAGGCCACUUGCAUUUAGGAAAUGCUGCACAAACGUGCCACCGCUGUUCCUAAAUGUUUUUUUAUUUUUCAUGGCACCGUUGUUCGCUUUAGGGAAUGAUAGGACUGGUCCCAUGGCCAUGAAUUGCAGUUGCACAUUUAGCCUUUGUGGUUUUCUCCACUGGCCCAUUUCCUCUCUCUCAGGCUGUUUCUCUGUACAUUGUAAAUCCUGCUCUGACGAAAGACUCGCUCUGCUUAAUUGGGACAACCUCCUUUUAGCUGCAAACUUUGAGCUCCCAUAGGAUCGACUGGAAAUAUAAGGGUUUCCUGAUUCCAGAUGUAGGGUUCGGCCAGGGAGAACAGCUGGGCAGCCCCCAGCUCAUUGCAGAUCACUUUUCCUCUGCAAGUUCCUGGUAAUUCCUGCCAUUUGAAUCUCCAUGAGACUGUGACUCACCUGAACAGAUGUAAUGUACUCAAGAUGCAUCUGUGCCAUUAGUGAAGCCAGGCUGAAUUCAGACCUAGCACAUUCACACCAGCAGAAGAUAAUUUGAUUGGGAGUUUUCAUAUUCUAUAGAAAUUAAAGGUAUCUGUCUGCCAGAAACCUGUUUAUGGAAACAAAUAGUUAGUCUGCCAAAGUAAAAAAAAAAAAAAAAAAGUCUAUAUACAAAACAUUAAGAACACCUUCCUAAAAUUGAGUUGCAAUAUUUUUUGCCCUCAGAACAGCCUCAAUUCGUCGGGGCAUGGACUCUACAAUGUGUCGAAAGCGUUCCCCUGGGAUGCUGGCUCAUGUUGACUCCAAUACUUCCCACAGUUGGCUGGAUGUCCUUUGGGUGGUGGACCAUUCUGGAUACACAUGGGAAACUGUUGAGCAUGUAAAACCCAGCAGUGUGGCAGUUCUUGACACAAACUGGUGCGUCUGGCACCUACUAUCAUACCUCGUUCAAAGGCACCUAAAUAUUUUGUCUUGCCAAUUCACCCUCUGAAUGGCACACAUACACAAUCCAUGUCUCAAUUGUCUCAGCUUAAAAAUAAUUAUUUAACCUGUCUCCUCUCCUUCAUAUACACUGAUUGAAGUGGAUUUAACAAGUGACAUCAAUAAGGGAUCAUAGCUUUCACCUGGUCAGUCUGUCAUGGAAAGAGCAGGUGUUCUUAAUAUUUUGUACAUUCAGUGUAUAUGACUAUUCUAAAACGGCCCACUAGACAGCCUUAUUAGUGUGUUGUCCCAUUGUCACUGGGCAUUUACUGUAUGCUAAGGGGUCAUAUGACUGUUGGAAUGAAUUGGUAUAAAUAAAAAAGCAUUUUAUGUUCAGUGAGGUUUUUCAGACCUUUCCCCACCCCAAACCUGAAUGUGUAGGUCUAACCUUUUCCUGUUUUCCGCUUUUACUCUUUUCGCAGGCUAAUGUUGCUUUUGCUUUAUUUAUUUUAGCAGAGUAAGAAAGCCCACAUACCAUACAGGGACAGCAAGCUAACACGACUCCUUAAAGAUUCUCUGGGCGGGAACUGCAGGACGGUCAUGAUCGCCAACAUUAGCCCCUCCUCCAAAUCGUAUGACGACACCCACAACACACUGAAAUACGCCAACAGGGCCAAAGAGAUCAAAUCAUCGGUCAGUAAACUACUCACCCAUCCCAACAAUGUUCUAGGAUUUACUUAGGCCUCUUUGGCUGUGCUCCCCUUAGUGGACCUUCAUCUGUAAUAAGCUCUGUGUUUUUUAAAAGCCGAACAUGAGUUCAGAGAGGUAGUUUUGACAGUGGAACUUGUACUACAUGGCAUUUCUUACAAUAUUUCUCUGUUUGUAAUGUCUUUCUCCCUCCUUACAUCUUUACAUGCAUCCACCUGUCCUUUAGCUCAAGAGGAAUGUUGUCAGCUUGGACAGUCACAUCGGCCAGUAUGCAGUGAUAUGUGAGAGGCAGCGAGAAGAGGUAAUGGAAGACGAAGCACCCAUCUCUACUACACUGACUGGAGGCCCUUAGGGUCAGAAAAUGUGUGCAUAUACAUUUCGCUGUCCUCUUUUUUUUUUUUGGCCUUCCUCCUCAGAUAAAAGACAGAUACUUUGUCUUGAAAUAGGUGAUUGUUUCUACCUGACCAUUUUAUCUACGGUUUAUGCCGUUUCAGAUCGUUCAGUUGAAGAAGAAGUUGAAAGAGUAUGAGGAGAGGAAGAUGGACCCUCUUGUUCCUGGAGGCCCUAAUACCAUCUCCAUUCAGAACCAAACAGAGAUUCACAAGUAAGCACUUAUUUCUUGUGCCAGUGUGCAUGCAACAAACAAAGGCAAAACAUGUAUUUAUACAGUAAUAUAAGUUCUGUUAUGCAUAAUAUGCAACCACACUUGAGUGUUGUCCUUUAAACUUGUAGACUUUUAAUUGAAAUCCAUAGAUAAUUUAUCAUGACGAGGAAAAGUACAAAGCCCAAGGACCUGGUGGGUGGAGAGUUUGCUCUGCAUUUUUGAUAGGGGCAGCUGUGAGCCACGUUAAAAAAAACAACAACAAAAACAUUUACACAUAUCUAUAUUAGACACCCCAGAAAGCUAAAAAACUUCCUUCCUUCACUCCCCUCCAAGGGCUGCAGUGGCAUCUGUUUAAAAAGGGAGGGGGGGGGGGGAGCUGAAUGAGUCUCAUUCCCACGCGUUUCAUUCACCGGCAUCAGAAUUCACAACUCGCACAAUGUGAGGCUCUGAAGAGAGGCAGCACGCUUCUCACACUAUUAAAAAUUCAUCAGUCUGGCAAGGCCACGGCGGCUCCUACGUCACAGGGGUUACAUUGGAGAGUGCAGUCACAUCUCAGCGGCAGCUCUCCACUGUCUGUCUAUUUAUUUAUUUACCUGCAUACCCCUCUUCCUUUACCAGAAUGAGACAUUGUUGCAAGGCCUCUGCCUUAUUGGGUAAAAGCUGCUGAGGGCGAUCCAGGGCAGCAGCCUGAUUUGAACACCGUUCAACCUGUUGAGUAGUACAAUAGUACAAUAACAUGACAUAGGAUUUUUAUUGAGGAAAGGCAAACACUAAAAACAGUAUUUUAUUAAGCAAAGACUCCAUUUAACGAUAACUGGCUGGUUGCCCCUUUUUUCUGGACAGGGUGUCAGAGUCCCUGCAGAGCAUUUUCUCCAGCCGUACUCAGAUCAGGAGGGAGCACCUUGUUCUGGAGCGGCAGCUGAAGGAGAAUGAGUUACGUCAGCGCCACAGCGAGGAGUGGAACCAGCAGGCCCAGCUCUUCGGUGCCAAAGACAAGACUGAGAAGGUCUGAAAAAGGACCUGCUUUAUAUCACCUCACUUAGAAGACUCCCUCCCUCCUUAUCAAAUGUUAUCACUGUCAUUUUAGCCAGAAAAUGGUUCCAGAAGGAGCAUGUCUUUUACGAUGUAUCAGCGAUAGAUGGAUGUUUAAAGCGCAUACACUCCUUUGUCAUAUCCCCAUCUGACAGGCUCUGUUGUUGUUGAAUAGGCCACCUGCAAGCACGAGCGCAAGCUGGCCUCCCUCCUCACACAGCAGCAGCACAUCCGCAAGAGGCUGGAGGAGGCUGAGCUGCGCUUCCUUGAGAACGACGGCUGGCUGCACCGCAUGGAGAAUGACAUGAAGCUGCUGGGACAGGACUCCCAGCCACCAGAGGUGAGGGAUCAGGAGAUAUGGUAGCGCUUGACCCAGGGGUUGGGGUGGUGUGGUAUAUGGGAUUAUUUUGUUCAUGUAGUGGUAGGUGGAGAUGUAGAGGAAGACUCCCUCCAGGAUUUCCUUGAUUCUGCGAUCUCAAUUUUUUUAGCAAAAUCAACAAUUCCCUGCAUAUUGUGCGAGGGUUUGCAAAUUUGACCAAUCACCGCACUAUUUCCACAUAAAACAGUAAAAUCGUCACAUUAUUAACGCAUAAAACAGACCUGUCACCGCAGUACAAAAAGAGGGCUUGCAAUUUCAACCAAUCGUUGCACAUUUAUAGCAUAAUAUGUUUCAACCAAGCCACACGUCAACACACUUUUUCCCUCGUCAGCGCAUUGUUGCCCACAAAUAUCACAGAAAAUCCUCGCAAAAUCCUGAAGGGAUUGGGAAUAUUUAUUGACAAUGCUGCUAAUUGUAAGCUACCUAAACUAAGCCAUCUUUUUGGUUGCUGACACGCUGGAUCGGAGUCAUAUAAUAAACGACUUGCUAAUUAUACAUAGAAAUUGUCCUAUUUACGGUUAAGGUGAACUAUCCCUUUAAAUAUGUUAUUUUCCAUCUCCCAGAGUAAAUUUUUAAAGGGAUGGAACGCGUCACAGGAAGUUAGCUCAAUGCUACCUUUCUUUGUGUGGGGGGGUGUUUGUUCUUGCAAUUAUGUCCCAACUGUUGUUGUGACAGUUUGUUUUCUUCCAUCUGUUCUCCUGGUAAUUAGAACUGUGCUUAUUUUAUUGCUCUUGUUCACUGGUGGAUGACUGAGGUGAAUGGAUCAAUGGUCUUUACGCAUCCCUCACACAGCCAGUUACCUAAAACCAUGUAGAUGUUUUUUUUCUUUUCUCAUCCCUCUUCUAGGAAGUGGCACAGAACAAUGAUUCAUCCGCUUGUCAAAUGUUCUCUCUGCUGUCGUUUCGUAUAGUCUUUUACGUCAGAGGUGGAUGACAGCUUUUCUUUUUUACCCAGAAGACAGGUUCUCAGAGAUGACGCAUGGCACAAAAUAAACUCCUCAAGACUCAUUGUCUUGUGCGUCACUGAUGACUCCCUGCCAGCUUGUUCUCUAGCUGUGGUCAGGGUUACUCAAUAUGUUCCCUCGUGGUCAUUUCACCAGCUCUUCCACUUUCCCCUUUCCCCCUCAGGUACUCCAGAAGGACCUUCGCUGCCACAGGCUCCAGCUACAGGUAGAGGACCUCAAGCAGCACAUUGAGCAAAUGACCCACCUCAUCAGUCUCCAGGACCAGGAGAACAAACAGACUAAAAAGUAGGUCAUUUUUCCUAUUACAGGGUUAAACACGUAAUGUUGUCACCAUACCAGAAUUUGGACUUCGAUACCAAUAUUAAUUGUAUUAUUUGAUACUCGGUACCCCAGUGAUACCACGGUAGAAAAAUACCUCACUUACUGUAUACAACAUGUGGCCAAGCCAAUGCUCCAGCUGGAGAGCUGCUGGGUAGGCAGGCUUUUGUUCCAGCCCUGCUCAAAAAGAUCCUGUUGAGCAGCUGAUUGCAAGAUUCUGGUAUGCUACAGCAGGGCUGGAACAAAUGCCUGGCAUUGCAUGUCAGAGUUGAAUCAUCCACGUGUAUCCACUGAAGACAGAGAGUGGAAAUGCAGUGAUAUUAACAUAAGAUGGCGUUGGGGUUUGUCAGACCUUUCAGACCAAUAAAGUAGACUUAAGUCAAUCUGAGCCCGUACUCCACAACAUCUGUUGUACAGAUAUUGCUACAUGUUUUAGAAGGAAUCUUCCGGCCUCAAUCCUAUACGAAUGGGCAGAUAUGGGCAGGUAGACAGACAGGCAUAUUAAGAUGGGAAUGAUAUUAAAUAAUAUUUAUGAAUAAUUGAGUAUCAGUCAUGUGACUCACACUGUACUAUGUGAGUAUGAAUGGCUGUGCGCCGUCCAUACCUGUGUCAUACAUUACCUCCAGAGAAUGUACAGUGUUGUUGUCGCUUACUCAUAUGAAUUAGUGAAUAGAGAGUAUUAGUCAUAUGAAUCAUACUGUACUAGGUUUUGCAUACAUAUGGAAUGUAUUUGGUCAAUAACAAAAGUUUCUCAAUACUUUGUUAUAUACCCUUUGUUGGCAAUGACACAGGUCAAACGUUUUCUGUAAGUCUUCACAAGGUUUUCACACACUGUUGCUGGUAUUUUGGCCCAUUCCUCCAUGCAGAUCUCCUCUAGAGCAGUGAUGUUUUGGGGCUGUCGCUGGGCAACACGGACUUUCAACUCCCUCCAAAGAUUUUCUAUGGGGUUGAGAUCUGGAGACUGGCUGGGCCACUCCAGGAUCUUGAAAUGCUUCUUACGAAGCCACUCCUUCGUUGCCUGGGCGGUGUGUUUGGGAUCAUUGUCAUGCUGAAAGACCCAGCCACGUUUCAUCUUCAAUGCCAUUGCUGAUGGAAGGAGGUUUUCACUCAAAAUCUCACGAUACAUGGCCCCAUUCAUUCUUUCCUUUACACGGAUCAGUCGUCCUGGUCCCUUUGCAGAAAAACAGCCCCAAAGCAUGAUGUUUCCACCCCCAUGCUUCACAGUAGGUAUGGUGUUCUUUAGAUGCAACUCAGCAUUCUUUGUCCUCCAAACACGACGAGUUGAGUUUUUUUACCAAAAAGUUCUAUUUUGGUUUCAUCUGACCAUAUGACAUUCUCCCAAUCCUCUUCUGGAUCAUCCAAAUGCACUCUAGCAAACUUCAGACGGGCCUGGACAUGUACUGGCUUAAGCAGGGGGACACGUCUGGCACUGUAGGAUUUGAGUCCCUGGCGGCGUAGUGUGUUACUGAUGGUAGGCUUUGUUACUUUGGUCCCAGCUCUCUGCAGGUCAUUCACUAGGUCCCCCUGUGUGGUUCUGGGAUUUUUGCUCACCGUUCUUGUGAUCAUUUUGAUCCCACGGAGUGAGAUCUUGCGUGGAGCCCCAGAUCGAGGGAGAUUAUCAGUGGUCUUGUAUGUCUUCCAUUUCCUAAUAAUUGCUCCCACAGUUGAUUUCUUCAAACCAAGCUGCUUACCUAUUGCAAAUUCAGUCUUCCCAGCCUGGUGCAGGUCUACAAUUUUGUUUCUGGUGUCCUUUGACAGCUCUUUGGUCUUGGCCAUAGUGGAGUUUGGAGUGUGACUGUUUGAGGUUGUGGACAGGUGUCUUUUAUACUGAUAACAAGUUCAAACAGGUGCCAUUAAUACAGGUAACGAGUGGAGGACAGAGGAGCCUCUUAAAGAAGAAGUUACAGGUCUGUGAGAGCCAGAAAUCUUGCUUGUUUGUAGGUGACCAAAUACUUAUUUUCCACCAUAAUUUUCAAAUAAAUUCAUUAAAAAUCCUACAAUGUGAUUUUCUGGAAUUUUUUUCUUCUCAAUUUGUCUGUCAUAGUUGACGUGUACCUAUGAUGAAAAUUACAGGCCUCUCUCAUCUUGUGGGAGAACUUGCACAAUUGGUGGCUGACUAAAUACUUUUUUCCCCCACUGUAAUUCACUUUGGCACCUUUACACUAUAAAUUGUGAUACUGACUCAACAGAAUGUCAUUUAAGCCUGAGUUUCAUGCUUUCUUCCAUUCAGAAUGGUGCACAUGCUGCUGCCAGCCUACAGCAGACAGUACUGGACGCUGAGGGGGUCGGGCCUGGUCACAGCUGCCGACGAGGCUGAGAACCAGGACCUGGAGCACCUGGUCCUCAGGGAGAGGGGUGUGGUGUGGGCCGAUCAGGAGAAGGGAGGGGAGCAGAAGGAUGAGGAGACCCAGGCUGAAGGUUCUAGGCUUAGGCCAGAGCUCGCACCCAUCCUGUCAUUCUCACACCUCAUCUGUCCCCAUCAAAACAGUCCCUGCAGUAGUAAGUCAUGACUUCACACCUUAUGUUGUCUUAAAAACCCCAAAAUAUUUGAGUGUGUGUGCACCGCAGAAUUGUUUGGCCAAUUUGCUUGAACUCCCAGUGGCAAUGAUGACAUGUCCUUUCCACCUGAUGGGGUAUACUACAAAGCAGGAUCAAUGAGUUAGCCAGCUAACUUUGAUAAACAACCAGAAAUAACUAUUGAUUUUCGGGUUCAUUAAGAAAGCUAAAGUUAGAUAUGGGUUUUUGGUUGUUGAGUUAAUUAGACUGUGCCCAUUUCAUGCUCAUCUUUCUAGAAAAUGUAAAGUUAAUUCAGAAUAUUUUUGCAAGUUAGCUGGCCAUAGAUCUUGCUUUGUAGUAUUACCCCCCUGGUCGACUGUUUAAUCAUCUGUUGUAGUGCUUUAUUUUCAGGCCACCAGUGGCCAUACAGCAAUAUCUGGUGGCCUUGGGCUAUUGGGCUCUAUUUACUGUUGAUCAUGGGAGCCUACACACAUGGGAGCCACCAUUCUCCAGGUCCUAUCACACCCUUUAUAACCCAGCACCAGUGCGCCAUCAGGCCUCCUUUCAUGACAUUCAGCCCCUAGGAGACAAUGGAGCGUGAACCAAAGCUGGCCAGCAAUACUUAAUUACUAUGUUGCUGUCCAUCAUAUGUCAGCAGGUGCACCCCGCACCUGUCCCCCUGCACCCGUCACAUGCUUGUUUCCCUGUGUCUUUUAUUUAGUAUUUUUGGCCUUGUCCACUUGUGCUUGUAGUUGAGUGAUACCCUGUAAUUUGACCCUGCUUUCACAAGCCAUGAGCACAAACGUAUGAUACCAGAUCUCAAUAGGUCCCGUCUGUUUGUUCUAUUCCCUCCGUUUUCACCUUGCAAUGACUAUCCUGAAGACUACUGUUAUUAUUUAUUUAACGCUACAUUUAUUUAAAGGCCCAGUGCAGUCAAAAUGUGAUUUUCCUCCAUUUUAUAUAUAUUUUUACACUGAGGUUGGAAUAAUAUGAUGAAAUUGUGAAAAUUAUGAUAAUAAUUAUUAUAAUAAUAUGCCAUUUAGCAGACGCUUUUAUCCAAAGCGACUUACAGUCAUGCGUGCAUACAUUUUUACGUAUGGGUGGUCCCGGGGAUCGAACCCACUACCUUGGCGUUACAAGCGCUGUGCUCUACCAGCUGAGCUACAGAGGACCACACAUAAUGCCCUUUUAGUUUAAGAAAAUACCAUCAGAAAUGUCUGCCUGUUUUGAUGGCAUUUUGGCCUGCCUGGUGACAUCACCAAAUGGUUAAUUAGUUAAUAAGAAACCGUUCCAAACCUCUCUGCUAAUAACAGCUAGUUUUCUCUGCCAAUAACCUCAUUCGACCACUCCCAGACAGUCCACUAGCAAACUUCUUGCUUGAGAAAUUGCUCUUUGCUAAAAAGCCAUUUUUGUUUGUUUUCAAUUAAAAUGGUCAAAAAUAAUCACAGUAAGGAACUUAAUUGUUACCCUGAAAUGAUUUCAUAUUUAGAUUAAAAUGGAUGCAUUGGACCUUUAACCCUUACCCUUGUGGGAAUUGGAUAGGGCUAAAUUGAUAUGUUUCUUACAGAAGAAAUAUGGAAAUGCAUAACCAUGGUAGAAAUUAAAAGGGAACAGUUUGGAAAUUAUGGGAAAAUGAUUAGACUAAAGGUGAGGCCAACAGUUCAGCUGACACAAGACUGAAUCCAAACAUUACACUGUUGAUUUUAUGUGCAUUUUACAUUUACUGUCAUUUUCACCGCUUUAGUUUUUUAACCAAAUCUGAAAAUACUCUCUGCAGUAACAUGAUAAGAAUAUUAUUGGGAAAUUUGAGGUAGGUGCAACAUAAGACAAAAACAUUUCAAGUUUUUUGAGUGAGAGGUCUAAAUGAUGUUUCCAAGUAGCCACACCUCUCAAGUGUGCACAGUUCCAAAGUAAUUUCAAUGCAGUUUUAUGACUCAGAAGUCCUCAACUAUAAGGUGCUUUUUUUUUUGCUCUCCUAGCUGUGCCGUUUAGGAAUUAGAGCAAGCACACUGGUAGUUGUUUUAUUUGGAAUAUAGCCCUGCAUCCUUGCCUUUACACAAUUACUGUUGUUUACGCAAUCCAAACACUGUCAAUUUUAUAAAUCACAAUCUGGGUCAAGUGGGCAAAAUGACUAGCAAAAUUAUAAAAUACAAUCUUAGUGUUAGGCUUUCACAAGGCCAAUUCAGAGAAACAGAUUGUAAUUUUGGUGCGCAUGGAAUGGAUGCACGAGUGCAUUCAGAUGCGUGGUCCGCCGCAAGUUUUCUUCACAAUACAACAAAUAGGCUUAUUCUGUUCAGGACAACCCAGGGUAUAACGCCAUGUUAUCUUGUAACUGUACAUCAAACAUAGUCAAACAAAGCGAUAUGUAUUAUAAUCCUUUAUCGUCUCAUCUUUCAAAAUACAUAGAGUCCUCGUACUUUACAGCAUUUCACUCACUCAGACAUGUUUUCUAAAGUUGCUCAAUUAGCGGGAGGGAUGGGGGCAUCUUCUUGUCGUGUGCGGUGUUCAGAACAGCUGUCAGUCAAAACCCAUACAGCGCUGUGAAGCUCAGACCCUGAGAUCUGAAGUCAUGUAUAGCAUGUUACUGUACAGCCACUGCGUUCCAAUUUAGGUGCUUAUCAAUGUUCAAAUCUGCCAUUUUCAACCCAUAUACGGGUACAAGUGUAAAGGGCUACCCAUUCUUUAACCAGGCAAGUGUACAGCAGCAGACGUUGCUGCACAGCUCAUGAUGACUAUUCACAUUUGCCACAGCCAAAUGCUGAGGCACGAUUGUGUCUGUUCUAUUGAUAACUGUGCAGGCUGAGCUGUGACGCUAGUCAUGCUGUGUGUUGUGCUGAUAACUGGGGGGUGGCAUGGUAGUCAUGAAGGAGGCUGUGUUGUUGAACAUACUGUUGUCUGUCACUCAGGUGCUGAGAAACAUAAGAGGAGAGUCUCGCUGCGCCUUCAACCCAAUCCAUCAUGGAAAGGUAAACCUGUCUUUACUCUCCAACAGGCCUGCUAACCUGGUCAUUAAUCUAACAGCUUGCCACAUGGAAUCCUUCAUAGUGACUGUCGGAGGGGAUCAAACAUGUCCAUCAAAGUCAUCACUCCUGUGGUAAAAGCUCUGUUUCAGCUGUUAAGUGUUCAUCAGCAAUUUCACAGUUGUGAUAAAACUUGUUUCAGGAUUCACUAGUAUAAACUUGAUGUUAACAAAGACUGGAAUGGUUAAAAUAAUGAACUGACAAUAUUAAACAUCCCCACUGUAAUGGUCAAACGGAAGUGAGAGGCCAUGAGUAAUAUUGAUCUGUGAAUUAACAAUGUGUUUUUUGUUUUAUUCCCACUGAUCACUGGUGUUUAGUGUAACAACUUAAUUUCCCUUCUGCCAUCCUCAAGAGAUGAUGGGAUAUCAAUUGGCACUUCAACUGAUUCUUAAACUAGGAAAAAUAGGCAAACUGUUACAGAAUAAACUACAAAAGUAUUCCGAAAUUAAAUAGAAUUUGAUUUCCAGUUGUGCAGCACUGCAGACUUCCUGGUCUGGAACUAAAUAUAUUUUAUUGAAAUGAAAUAACACUCAAGACCCCUUUUAGAGAAAGAAAAGGACUGGGAAAACCUUUGGGAAAUACAAUAAGGAAGUAUGUGAAAUAUGGCCGUCCAAAUUGGCUGUAAUGAUAUUUUCUGCUGAACAGGUGGUCUACAUUUGAUUGAAACACAUUGUGGGAAACGUCGGCUACAUUUGAAAGAAAACAACACCAGACGACCACAGUGCAACAACGGAAAUGGCUUUAAAAACACUUUUUACUAAUAACCUUCAUAACCAUUUAAAACGUAAAAAAAAUUUGGGCGGAUGACUGAAGACUGGGUGGCCGGGCAUUUGUGCGGUUGAGUCUGUUUCUGCGGUAACAUGGACUCUUAAUAAUGUGAUGAAACUUUGUUGCUCCUUGCUGAAACAAGCAAGGUGUUGUAGCAAACAUGUACUCGGUUGCCUAGGCUACAGCCCCUCCCUGCAGCAGCAGCACAUGCAGUCAGGAGCAGAGCAAUGUGCAUAUUUUAUUUUGCUAUUUGAGCAGUAAUAAUGGUGACCGGUCAUUUGGCUGACCAAUAACCAUCAUCCAAAAUUCUAUGACCGUCACAGCCCUACUUUUUGCACGUCUUUCUUAUCUAGUUCAGAAUUACUUUUUGUGAUUGUGAAUUACAUGAAUGUCCUUGACUUAAGGGUUUAUCAUAGUCCAAAACCUGUACACAUCCGCACUACAGUGUUCUAGAAUAUUGGACCGUUGGCUUUCAUACUUUUCUCAUUCUGAGCGCAGCUCAAGCAAUUUCUCCAACUGUCAACACUUUCAAAUGAAUAGAGGACAGGGACCGGGACCAGGGGCGCAACUUUGGUUUUAGAAGUGGGGGGUGGGGGGGGCAUCAGCCUACCCGACCGCUCGGAGGCGUCCGCGUGGUCCUAAAGCACAUCGUUGCCUCGUUUUGUAUCACAUUCCAAUGAUAAAACUGGGGGGGGGGACAAAACCCCGUCCCCCGUGAAAGUUGCGCCCCUGCGCUGGAAUAUCGAGUCUCAGUGUCUGGACUAUGAUUUAAGCUUUUGAUAUGAAAUAAGAUCUUGUCCAAGUCAUGUUACCUGUUAGUGUGAAAUCUUUGAUUUAUUCUGUGUUGGCGUAACUAGCAUCAGAGCUUGAUCAUGAUUGAGUAUGGAGAUCCUCCCUCUUCCAACCUCUUUAUUACCGCACCAUCUGUAAGUGGAUGGGAGGGCAGGUCAUCACACAUGACCCUCUCAAUAGGGUUCUACACCCCGCCAGUCCAAUGCCUUGUACCCAUCCCUUUAUCUCCCCUCAGCACAGCAUGGCCCACACAAUUUCAAUCACUCUUCUCUCUCUCCUCCAACCUUGUUCUGUACCAGUCUUACUUAUUCCUGCUCGAUCACACUCUACCUCCUUGCCCCCCUCCCCCUUUCCUCCAUAUCUUGUACUCAGUCAAUCCAGCAUCCAGCCCUCCCAACCCAGGCUGCUCAAACCUCAUUCAUGAAAAUGCAAAUUCACUGCAGGGAAAAGAAGGUAGGCAAGGCAAGCGUAAACGCCCCUGCCCCGUCAGCGAGAACAGUAGCAGUGCUAUAAAGAGAGAGGCAGCAGCCAAGCGACCCUAAUACGGCGCGGUCUCCACCAGAAAUAGCACCUCAUGCAUGUAUUAAUCCUACAAGCCAAAAAUAUGUGAUUGAAAGAACUUGGCUGCCAUUUAUUGCCGGGCCAGAUCUCCGUCAGAGAAGCAGUACCAUUUAUCACUGUCCCCUCUAUGGAGGACUAAAAGUGCCACAAUUAAAUAAAUAAAUACACCAUUAAAUAAUUACUUAAAUGUGUCAUUAAUUAAUUCAAAUUAGAAUUAAAUACAUAAAUGUGUAAUUAAAUGUUUCAUUAAUUAAUUCAAAUACCGAUUCAUUUUAUGUAAAAUACAUAUAUAAUUAUUUCACUAUUUACAUUUACAUUUCAUGAUCCUGCAUUGCAGUGAUUCAUGAAUUACUUAAAACUGUCAAACUGACCCAUCAAAGUCAGUGGGCGGGGCUAACGCGAAUCUAGUCUGAUCCAUUGCUUUGGUCUGAAGUAGAGUAGGCCAACCUGGAUAGAGACAAUGGAGGAUCUCCGUGAACUUUCCAGGGAGUUGGUUAGAGACAUUUUAAACUUAGCAGAGGAUGUAGAAGCAGGACCUGCUGACAUUAUCCGGAAUUGAUUUGUCUUGGCUUGAUGCAGAGGGUAACCAAUCAGGCGUUAGGUUCCGCCUACCAACUUUUGAUGGGUCAGUUUGACAGUUUUAAGUAAUUCAGGAAGCACUCCAACGCAGGACCAUGAAAUGUAAAUGUAAAUAGUGAAAUUAUUAUAUAUGUAUUUUACAUAAAAUGAAUCGGUAUUUUAAUUAAUUAAUGACACAUUUAAGUAAUUAUUUAAUGGUGUAUUUAUUUAUUUAAUUGUGGCACUUUUAGUCCUCCAUACCCCUCACCCUGCCUUGUUAUCUGAGCUGUGACUCAAAUUUCCUAAAUAUUGCGUUCUGCUAUCCACAUUAAUAAAUAGGUCCAUUAAUCUUACAUAUCCCCCCCCCCCCCCCCCCCCCCCCCCCUUUUAUGAUACGCAAAUAUGUUGUUAAAAAUGUGAGCAUUGUCACUUAAAAGCUUCUACAUUAAACAAUUAGUUGCUUGUUCUAUUUUGUCUGUGGGGGGGGUGAUGUUUGAGUUGGCAAAUUGAUAUAUCAAAUCCACCACCACACAGUUCACAUUUCUGGGAAUUGCCUCCUCAGUAAAAUGUAGGAGGUAGGAAGCAGUGUCACAGAUCUGUGGUCAGCAGCAUGUAAAUGAUGCAUCCGCAGUGUCUCACUGAAACAAGUGAGUCUGCCUCCUCAUGCUGUGAUGCAACGUGCUCUCCACUUUACUUUUACACACCAGCGUUUAACCUCUAACAACCCUGCUUGUGUAUGUUAUUUUGGUGACAUCAUCCUCAAUCUCAGCCAGGUGUUAUCAUAGUCUAGCUAUUCCCGUAAUUUGUUUAAUUUAUGAAUGUUCAUAAGUUUAAGCUCUUUUAUUACAGAAUUAAAUCCCAAAGUUCUGUUCAUAACAUUUAUCAAAUAUAGCUAGGCCGGUUAAUGGAAGACACAUUUAUAUUAAAAUGACUUUGGUGUAUAUUAAAAAUAAAUUGUGUAGCCUAUAACAAUUAUUCCCAUUUAAUCAGUUGUAUGUAAAGUUAGUUGUAUCUAAAUUGGUCUUGAUCAAAUGUCCAAUAAUUAACAGUAUGUAGCGUGUAUGACUCAUCCUCACUGAUGACUAAUAUGGUGACCAUUCAGUGUAGCUGUAUCUUUUAUGCGACAGGUUGUUCAGCGUGAGUCAUCCAUCAUGGCUAGUGAUUGUGAACCACUUAUACCAUGAAAAACGUAGGCCUAACAUAGGAUGUGUCCACUCCUGUUUUGUCGGCCAUAAGUUGUUUUCCCUCAUUCCCUGCUUUGUGUUCCAUAAGGACUUUAUGUGGCCUUGUUAUGUUUGCUUGAUUGGUUAAAAGUCCAAUGCAGCAGUUUUUAUCUCAAUAUCAAAUAAUUUCUGGAUAACAAUUAAGUACCUUACUGUCAUUGUAUUCCAUUAAAAUGGUCAAAAAUGAACAAAAAUAGCUUCUUAGCAAAGAGCAAUUUCUCAAGCAAGAAUUGUUCUAGGACUGUCUGGGAGUGGUCUGAGUGGGGAGGGGAAAACUGAAAACAAGCUGUUAUUGGCAGAGCGGUUUGGAACUCUCUUAUUGGUCUAUUAACUAGUUUACUGUCUGGUGAUGUCACAAGGCAUGCCAAAACUCCAUCCCACCAAAACAGGCUGACAUUUCAGUAUUUUCAAACAGCUCUUAUUAAACUAAGAGGGCAUUAUAAUUUUCAUAAUUUCACAGUAUUGUUCCAACCUAAUAAUGUGGAAAAUAUACACAGUAUACAAAACGUUAUGAACACUGACCAGGUGAAAGCUAUAGUCCCUUAUUGAUGUCAUUUGUUAAAUCCACUUCAAUCAGUGUAGAUGAAUGGGAGGAGACUGGUUAAAGAAGGAUUUAUGAGACGAUUGAGACAUGGCUUGUGUAUGUGUGCCAUUGAGGGUGAAUAGGCAAGAUAAAAGACGUGCCUUUGGACAGGGUAUGAUAGUAGGUGCCAGGCGCACCGGUUUGUGUCAAGAACUGCAAUGCUGCUGGGUUUUUCACGCUCAACAGUUUCUAAUGUGUAUCAAGAAUGGUCCACCACCCAAAGCAUAUCCAGCCAACUUGACACAACUGUGGGAAGCAUUGGAGUCAACAUGAGCCAGCCUGUAGAACGCAUUCAACACCUUGUAGAGUCCGUGCCCUGACAAAUUGAGGCUGUUCUGAGGGCAAAAGGGGGUGCAACUCAGUAUUAGGUGUUCUUAAUGUUUUGUACACUCAGUGUAUAUAAAACACAGGAAAAUCAUGUUUUUGACUGCACUGGGCCUUUAAGUCUUGGUUUCUUUGAAACAUCUAAUUAUUCUAUUUUUCUUUUGCCUUAUUCGAUUUGAUUCAUUUUCUUCUUUCCCUUACUUAGCCAUCUUCCAUGUCACAGUACCUGGGCUUGUGUCGGGGCUGGUGAAACUCAAUUUGUGAGCAUGAAUGUGUCCAGGCCCUUACUCCCUUACACCUCUGAUUUAAUGUCUGCACUGUGUAAAGGUCACCAGGUUCACUUUCUUUGGGUACCUCUACACUUCUCCAACUGCCAAAAGAUGAGAACCCAUAUUAGGCCUACUGCAGACAUGGACUUCUCCUUUCAGUAUUUUACAAAAAGGUUAUUCCUUUGUCUUUCAAUGGUGGUGAUACUCUGUAUCUUCUUUUUAUACCGGCGCCACCUAAGAUCUAUUCAGAUGUGAUUUAGUUUCUUUAAAAAAAUGAUUAUUGUGCUCUAACACACAUGGUAAGGCCAUGCAGAGGUUAAAGUUCUCCGGAGGGUGAUUAUUUUGGGUAAAAAAAAUGUUUUACAACUCUCCAGACAACACUUGACCGUCUAAGACUAGAUAGAAAGUAUGUAGAAAUUGUAAUGGACAUACACUACCGGUCAAAAGUUUUAGAACACCUACUCAUUCAAGGGUUUUUCUUUAUUUUUACUAUUUUCUACAUUGUAGAAUAAUACUAAAGACAUCAAAACUAUGAAAUAACACAUUAAAUCAUGUAUUAACCAAAAAAGUGUUAAACAAAUCAAAAUAUAUUUGAGAUUCUUCAAAUAGCCACCCUUUGCCUUUGACAGCUUUGCACACUCUUGGCAUUCUCUCAAACCAGCUUCACCCGGUUUUCCAACAGUCUUGAAGGAGUUCCCACAUAUGCUGAGCACUUGUUGGCUGCUUUUUCUUCACUCUGCCGUCCGACUCAUCCCAAACCAUCUCAAUUGGGUUGAGUUCGGGGGAUUGUGGAGGCCAGGUCAUCAGAUGCAACACUCCAUCACUCUCCUUCUUGGUAAAAUAGCCCUUACACAGCCUGGAGGUGUGUUGGGUCAUUGUCCUGUUGAAAAACAAAUGAUAGUAGCUCAGUUGGUAGAGCAUGGCGGUUGCAACGCCAGGGUUGUGGGUUCGAUUCCCACGGGGGACUAGUAGGGGGGAAAAAUAAAAUAAUGUAUGCACUCACUACUGUAAGUCGCUCUGGAUAAGAGCGUCUGCUAAAUGACUAAAAUGUAAUAGUCCCACUAAGCCCAAACCAGUUGGGAUGGCGUAUCGCUGCAGAAUGCUGUGGUAGCCAUGCUGGUUAAGUGUGCCUUUGAAUUCUAAAUAAAUCACAGACAGUGUCACCAGCAAAGCACUCCCACAACAUAACACCACCUCCAUGCUUUACGGUGGGAACUACACAUGUGGAGAUCAUCCGUUCACCCACACCGCGUCUCACAAAGACACAGCGGUUGGAACCAAAAAUCUCCAAUUUGGACUCCAGACCAAAGGAAAAAUCUCCACCGGUCUAAUGUCCGUUGCUCGUGUUUCUUGGCCCAAGCAGGUCUCUUCUUCUUAUUGGUGUCCUUUAGUAGUGGUUUCUUUGCAGUAAUUCGACCAUGAAGGCCUGAUUCACACAGUCUGAACAGUUGAUGUUGACAUGUGUCCAUUAUUUGAACUCUGUGAAGCAUUUAUUUGGGCUGCAAUUUCUGAGCCUGGUAACUCUAAUGAACUUAUCCUCUCCAGCAGAGGUAACGCUGUGUCUUCCAUUCCUGUGUCGGUCCUCAUGAGAGCCAGUUUCAUCAUAGCGCUUGAUGGUGUUUGCGACUGCACUUGAAGAUACUUUCAAAGUUCUUGAAAAUGUCCAUAUUGACUGACCUUGAUGUCUUAAAGUAAUGAUGGACUGUCGUUUCUCUUUGCUUAUUUGAGCUGUUGUUGCCAUAACAUGGACUUGGUCUUUUACCAAAUAGGGCUAUCUUCUGUAUACCACCCCUACCUUGUCACAACACAACUGAUUGGCUCAAACACAUUAAGUAGGAAUUAAUUACACAAAUUAACUUUUAAGAAGGCACACCUGUUCAUUGAAAUGCAUUCCAGGUGACUACCUCAUGAAGCUGGUUGAGAGAAUGCCAAGAGUGUGCAAAGCUGUCAUCAAGGCAAAGGGUGGCUAUUUUGAAGAAUCUCAAAUAUAAAAUAUAUUUUGAUUUGUUUAACAGUUUUUUGGUUACUACAUGAUUUUAUGUGUAUAUAUAUAUGUUUUUUUUGUCAUUUAGCAGACACUCUUAUCCAGAGCGACCUACAGUUAGUGAGUGCAUACAUUUUGUUUUUUUCAUAGUUUUGAUGUCUUCACUAUUAUUCUACAAUGUAGAAAAUAGUAAAAAUAAAGAAAAACCCUUGAAUGAGUAGGUGUUCUAAAACUUUUGACUGGUAGUGUAUAUAUUUUCAAAUAACUGCCCUUUUUCAUGCCCGCAAAUCGAUUUUGACAAUAGAUAUGUGCUGCAAUUCGUUGAAUUUCGAAAUCCCAAUGUGUCCCUCAAGCCAAAUAGUUUCCAGCUGAUCUGAGAUCAACUUAAGUUUCAGUCAUGGGAUUUUAAAAAACUUUAAUCCCUGGGCCAUGUAUGACAUUGCUAUGGCAAACUGCUGCCAUGUUGUUAGUGAAUACCCACAUGCUGAAGCCGACGGGCUGCUGUGAUUUAGACUGGAUAAUGCGUUCUUAUCUUGUUCUUGAGCUCAAACUAGUAAACCAUGUAGGAAGGCCUCACCAACCACUAACAGAAAAAGGUGUAUUGCUGAACAGGAUGAACCCUGGACCCUGUUCAGGAAGAAGCAAGGUUAUAGAACUCUCCCAUAUGAAUGUGUGUAGAACAGAUGUGAAUGUUUGUCAAGUAAAAUAUGGAACUCUUUACAUUUUAUAUCCGCAACAUUCUGAAGGUCUUACCGUACUGAAUACAUCCAAGUUGUAUACACUUCCAUGUAAGUGCUUGGUGGAGGAUGUUUUGAAUGACUUUAUAGAAAUGAAUUGUUGUUAUUUAUAUAAGUCAGGGUUGGGGUCAAUUCCAUUUGACCUCUAUCAAUUAAAUUAAGUGAUUUGAAGAGCUAGGCCUAAAUUGAAACAUCCUCUAAUUGUCAAUUAGCAGUACAUGGAUUGGACUGUAUUAAAAUGGAAUUGACCUUGAUGAAGUGUGUUGUGUAACUUGUUUUGCACAUUUAUUUGAUAAUGUAAGGCCUAAAUUUGUUAGGUUCUUUGUGGCUUCUUCAUAAAAUAGAAAUCCUAUUGGUGUUGUUUUCUAGGUCCAGCGGCCCAGGUGACAGUGAUGGAACCCAUUCCCAAGAAACCUACCAGGAGGAAGCUUGCAGUGUCUCCACCAAACCCUGGGAGUGUUGUCUCCGCUUCAGCACAGGGUCCCAUGGUCCUCCAGGAGGUGUUGAGACAGGAGGGGAUGUUUCCACUGCUCUACACUCCAGAGGCCAGCAGUACACUCAACAGGCCUUCACUCCUGCCUCUCCAGCACUCUGCAGUCAAUGACCCCAACAUGACGUUUGACAUUGAAGAUGAAGACAAUGAAGCAGCUCUUGCCAACGCUACCAUUGUCCUUUACCAAUGUAGUCCCAAUCAUCAAGCUGAGUCUUCGUGCCCCUUGGGUCCAAGCCAACAGCAGGCUCCCCGAGCCAAUAACAUGAGCAGACCCCCCAAAAGGUGGGUGUGGUAUUGUCAAAGAUGGUCAUCAUACUCCGUAAUUCCAACAGUCCAAUUUAAUAUUAGCUGCUGAACAAUGUAAAACAAUACAUACAUUCAUAGAUUUAGACAUUCUCAAUAGAAAUCCUUUUUAAGCCAUGGCUUUGCCUCUCUUACUAUUUCAACGAUUCACAUUUUUAUUUUACACAUUUUGUCCCAGGAGACAGACUGACAGAAAUUGUAUUAGAGUUCGAGCCCCUCCAAGUACGUAUUUCUAAACCUUGAGCUGCCUUGUCUUAAGUUUUAGGUACGAGCAAGUGGCAGUGAGAGAGCUCAGAAUUGUCUAACGUAACAGAGUGCUGUACUUAUUCCAGUGUGUUUAUUUGUUUUGGUCACAUGUAAGAGACUGUUCAAAUAUUGAGAAGGAAAGUGACAUUGCCAGUCUUGUGUCCCACAGACUGGAGAUACCGUCUCUGUUAGACAUCCGACGUGGCAAAACCUACAUGACCAUGACUUCGGCUGCGCAGGGCAAACGCAAAAUGAACUGGUGAGUGUGGUUGUGACAUACUCUAAAUACAUUUUUCAGGGAAGGAAGUGUUGUACUGCUCAGAUAGUCACGUAUUUCAUCUCUUGUGUUUCCAUCUCCCCCUGUAGCAGCAGCAGAGAGCAGGAAAGCCUUUCAGCACCCAAGCGCAUAAAGCAGGACCCCACAGUAGCAGCAAGCAGACCGCUAAGAGUGCGUCGCUUUGCUGGUGAGUGCAACAAUACCAGUAUUUCUCCCCUGAAGCGACCCAGAGAAAGAGUGUAAUUGUCUUUCAUUAACUAUUUAUAAAAUAUAUUAAAUGUGUGCCUUUUUCCCCAUCUAAAAUCCCCAUGUUGAUUUCAGUUAGUGGUGCUUACACACAGAGCUUAGGCCUACAUCUGUCAGCUGCAACACAAAGUUCAGGGCAGGGCCAGAAUGUGCUUUUUUGAAUAUGCCUGUUAUGAAGAACACUUGCUUUUAGAAAGCCAGGCUGUUUUUAAUCUACAGUGAAGGAGCUUGUCUGCCUGUUACGUAUGGCCCUUAUUCUUUUAUUUUGAAGGAUUUUCUUUGGCUUUUGGACAAAACUGCAGAAUUUGGUUUCUCAUCAGAUGGCAUACUUUUGGUGUGAUGUGUUUUUGACAGCGGUUAGUUUUGUUUGAUUUAUGUACAGUUGAAGUCGGAAGUUUACAUACACUUAGGUUGGAGUCAUUAAAACUUGUUUUUCAACCACUCCACAAAUGUCUUGUCAACAAACUAUAGUUUUGGCAAGUCGGUUAGGACAUCUACUUUGUGCAUGACACAAAUAAUUUUUCCAACAAUUGUUUACAGACAGAUUAUUUCACUUAUAAUUCACUGUAUCACAAUUCCAGUGGGUCAGAAGUUUACAUACACAAAGUUGACUGUGCCUUUAAACAGCUUGGAAAAUUCCAGAAAAUGAUGUCAUGCUUUAGAAGCUUCUGAUAGGCUAAUUGACAUAAUUUGAGUCAAUUGGAGGUGUACCUGUGGAUGUAUUUCAAGGCCUACCUUCAAACUCAGUGCCUCUUUGCUUGACAUCAUGGGUAAAUCAAACGAAAUCAGCCAAGACCACAGAAAAGUCUGGUUCAUCCUUGGGAGCAAUUUCCAAACGCCUGAAGGUACCACUUUCAUCUGUACAAACAAUAGUACGCAAGUAUAAACACCAUGGGACCACGCAGCCGUCAUACCGCUCAGGAAGUAGACUCGUUCUGUCUCCUAGAGAUGAACGUACUUUGGUGCGAAAAGUGCAAAUCAAUCCCAGAACAACAGCAAAGGACCUUGUGAAGAUGCUGGAGGAAACAGGUACAAAAGUAUCUAUAUCCACAGUAAAACGAGUCCUAUAUCAACAUAACCUGAAAGGCCGCUCAGCAAGGAAGAAGCCACUGCUCCAAAACCGCCAUAAAAAAGUCAGACUACGGUUUGCAACUGCACAUGGGGACAAAGAUCGUACUUUUUGGAGAAAUGUCCUCUGGUCUGAUGAAACAAAACUAGAACUGUUUGGCCAUAAUGACCAUCGUUUUAUGUUUGGAGGAAAAAGGGGGUGCAUUGCAAGCCGAAGGACACCAUCCCAACCGUGAAGCACGGGGGUGGCAGCAUCAUGCUGUGGGGGUGCUUUGCUGCAGGAGGGACUGGUGCACUUCACAAAAUAGAUGGUAUCAUAAGGAAGGAAAAUUAUGUGGAUAUAUUGAAGCAACAUCUCAAGACAUCAGUCAGGAAGUUGAAGCUUGGUCGCAAAUGGGUCUUCCAAAUGGACAAUGACCCCAUGCAUACUUCCAAAGUUGUGGCAAAAUGGCUUAAGGACAACAAAGUCAAGGUAUUGGAGUGGCCAUCACAAAGCCCUGACCUCAAUCCUAUAGAAAAUGUGUGGGCAGAACUGAAAAAGUGUGUGCAAGCAAGGAGGCCUACAAACCUGACUCAGUUACACCAGCUCUGUCAGGAGGAAUGGGCCAAAAUUCACCCAAUUUAUUGACCCAAAACGUUUGACCCAAGUUAAACGAUUUAAAGGCAAUGCUACCAAAUACUAAUUGAGUGUAUGUAUAUUAAACUUCUGACCCACUGGGAAUGUGAUUAAAUAAAUAAAAGCUGAAAUAAAUCAUUCUCUCUACUAUUAUUCUGACAUUUCACAUUUUUUAAAUAAAGUGGUGAUCCUAACUGACCUGAAACAGGGGAUUUUUACGAGGAUUAAAUGUCAGGAAUUGUGAAAAACUGAGUUUAAAUGUAUUUGGCUAAGGUGUAUGUAAACUUCCGAUUUCAACUGUAUGUUCAGUAAUCUAAAAUAACCAACUCUUUUAAUAAUUAGAUUUUCACACCGCAAAGGAAAAAUAUUAUAUUAUAAUCUCUCCAUACAGAUGGGGGCUCUAACUAAGCAUUGUGUUUCUCCUUAGGGUCAGAGGAGAACGAGCCCAGAAGAGUUAUGAGGAGUGUUUCUGAGGGGAAUCUCCACCUCAUGGAUGUUCAGAAGAAAAAGUCCAUAUUCUAUAAAACCUCCCAGAAAUUCAAGAGUGGUGACAAAGAGGAUGUGGACCUGCUUUUGGCCAGAUGUUGCUCAAUGCUUGUAGAUAUUGGGGAAUCGUGUGUAGGUAUGGAGAGAGAGAAAUUAAGUCCUAUGGAUUUCUUGAAUAUGUUUUGCUUGAAUUGUGUAUGAUUCUGAACUUGUACUUAGUUUUAUUUCUACAUUAAAUUUUUUGUACAGAUCAUUGCUAUUGUUAUUUAGUAAUAAAAGUUUUUUGUUAACUAGUAAUGUAUGUGGUUGUUUUUACCAUGAAUAUAUCCACUCGUCCAAUCAUUUUCUUUCGAAUGGUUCAUUUCUGGGCUUUCCCCCGUUUAGUGUACAUAUAUUUCCUUUCAAUAUUUAAAAUUUAACGGAAGGGGUAGAUUUAGUUAUCAGACAUGCAUUUACUGUCAAAUCAUGUUGCCAUGAUGUGAAUGCUGUUGACAUGGAGACUUGUGAGUUCGUUCAUUCCGCUUGUAAAACCCCUUGUAUAGGGAAACUAAUUCACCUGUGAAACUCUUUUCACGUUCAAUAUCAGGCUACACAUAACAGAAAUGAAGGCUCAUAAAAUAUUAUGUUGAACAGUUAAGAAUUCCUACUCACUGAGAUGUAGAUUUCAGUCAUUUACCCGACGCUAUUAUCCAGAGUGACUUACGUUAGCGAGUGUACUAUUUUUAUUUUUUUCAUACUGGCCCCCGUGGGAGUCGAACCCACAACCCUGGCAUUGCAAAGCCAUGCUCUACCAACUGAGCUAUAUUUCCCCGGCCAAUCCUUCCCCUAACCUGGACGACGCUGGGCCAAUUGUGCGCCGCCCCAUGGGUCACGGCGGCUUCGACAGAGCCUGAAUUUUUUUCUGAGUCUUUGGUGAUUUCUUUGAUUUCCCUGAUGUCACAAGAGGCACGGAGUUUGAAGGUAUCCUUGAAUUUCAAAAUGCAAAUCAAUUUAUAACAUUUGACAUGCGUUUUUCUGGAUUUUGUUGUUGUUAUUCUGUCUCUCACUGUUCAAUAAACCUACCAUUAAAAUUAUAGACUGAUCAUUCUUUGUCAGUGGGCAAACGUACAAAAUCAGCAGGGGAUCAAAUACUUUUUUCCCUCACUGUAUAUCCACAGUAAAACGAGUCCUAUAUCAACAUAACCUGAAAGGCCGCUCAGCAAGGAAGAAGCCACUGCUCCAAAACCGCCAUAAAAAAGUCAGACUACGGUUUGCAACUGCACAUGGGGACAAAGAUCGUACUUUUUGGAGAAAUGUCCUCUGGUCUGAUGAAACAAAACUAGAACUGUUUGGCCAUAAUGACCAUCGUUUUAUGUUUGGAGGAAAAAGGGGGUGCAUUGCAAGCCGAAGGACACCAUCCCAACCGUGAAGCACGGGGGUGGCAGCAUCAUGCUGUGGGGGUGCUUUGCUGCAGGAGGGACUGGUGCACUUCACAAAAUAGAUGGUAUCAUAAGGAAGGAAAAUUAUGUGGAUAUAUUGAAGCAACAUCUCAAGACAUCAGUCAGGAAGUUGAAGCUUGGUCGCAAAUGGGUCUUCCAAAUGGACAAUGACCCCAAAGUCAAGGUAUUGGAGUGGCCAUCACAAAGCCCUGACCUCAAUCCUAUAGAAAAUGUGUGGGCAGAACUGAAAAAGUGUGUGCAAGCAAGGAGGCCUACAAACCUGACUCAGUUACACCAGCUCUGUCAGGAGGAAUGGGCCAAAAUUCACCCAAUUUAUUGUGGGAAGCUUGUGGAAGGCUACCCGAAACGUACUCCUGAGUGGCGCAGUGGUCUAAGGCACUGCAUCGCAGUGCUAACUGUGCCACUAGAGAUCCUGGUUCGAAUCCAGGCUCUGUCGCCGCCGGCCGCGACCGGGAGACUCAUGGGCGGCGCACAAUUGGCCCAGCGUCGUCCAGGGUAGGGGAGGGAAUGGCCGGCAGGGAUGUAGCUCAGUUGAUAGAGCAUGGCGUUUGCAACGCCAGGGUUGUGGGUUCGAUUCCCACGGGGGGCCAGUAUAAAAAAAUAAUAUGUAUUCACUAACUGUAAGUCGCUCUGGAUAAGAGCGUCUGCUAAAUGACUAAAAUGUAAAUGUAAAAUGUUUGACCCAAGUUAAAAAAUGUAAAGGCAACGCUACCAAAUACUAAUUGAGUGUAUGUAUAUUAAACUUCUGACCCACUGGGAAUGUGAUGAAAUAAAUCAUUCUCUCUACUAUUAUUCUGACAUUUCACAUUUUUUAAAUAAUGUGGUGAUCCUAACUGACCUGAAACAGGGGAUUUUUACGAGGAUUAAAUGUCAGGAAUUGUGAAAAACUGAGUUUUAAUGUAUUUGGCUAAGGUGUAUGUAAACUGCCGACUUCAACUGUAUGUUCAGUAAUCUAAAAAUAACCAACUCUUUUAAUAAUUGGAUUUUUCGCACCGCAAAGGAAACAUAUUAUAUUAUAAUCUCUCCAUACAGAUGGGGGCUCUAACUAAGCAUUGUGUUUCUCCUUAGGGUCAGAGGAGAACGAGCCCAGAAGAGUUAUGAGGAGUGUUUCUGAGGGGAAUCUCCACCUCAUGGAUGUUCAGAAGAAAAAGUCCAUAUUCUAUAAAACCUCCCAGAAAUUCAAGAGUGUGACGAAGAGGAUGUGAGACCUGCUUUUGGCCAGAUGUUGCUCAAUGCUUGUAGAUAUUGGGGAAUCGUGUGUAGGUAUGGAGAGAGAGAAAUUAAGUCCUAUGGAUUUCUUGAAUAUGUUUUGCUUGAAUUGUGUAUGAUUCUGAACUUGUACUUAGUUUUAUUUCCUACAUUAACAUUUUUUGUACAGAUCAUUUGCUAUUGUUAUUUAGUAAUACAAGUUUUUGUUAACUAGUAAUGUAUGUGGU